AUGGUGUUCCACAACUUCCAAGAAGGCAGGCUGUCAUUUCCCCCAACUUAUAAGUAUGACACAUUCUCUGAUGAUUACGAUACGAGUGAGAAGUGUCGUACUCCUGCAUGGACCGAUCGAGUACUGUGGCGGGAACGGCGAGACCCUCAAUGCACGAAACUGAUACGGUACUUCCGCUCGGAACUUAAAACGUCUGAUCAUCGACCGGUUGGAGCCGUCUUCUCAGUGAAUGUUUUUCGUGUUGAACAAUCAAGGUGCCUGCAACUUGUUGAAGAUAUUGUUGCAAGCCUUGGACCACCAGAUAGCACAAUCAUCUGCGCGAUUGAAGGCACAAAACGCUUUCCCAUGGCACUUUUCCCGAAUGUCGUCGCCAAACUGAAGGAGAUCCCAGCUCACAUCUGUCUUAGCAAGUAG